UUCGCGAGCAGUCCUCCGCCACCAAGUACAGUCUGGAGCUGUACAACAGUCUGCACGACAAAGUGUACGGCAGCAUUCGAGAUGGCUUUGUCGUUGAUGAGCUCGAUGAGCGGGAGCUCGAGGCGGAAAUUGACGUCCUCCUCGCCUCCAACGACACCAAUGGCAUCGGUCCCCUUCACCGAGGAGACAUCACCUCGGGUGAUCCUCAGGCGGCGAGAAGAGCCACUUUGAGAGACGUCGUCAAGGCGGACUUGAUUAUCAGCUUCAAAAACUUUAUCCGAAAGCAGCGCAAAAACGCCCACCUUCGUCACAACCGUGAACGUCGUUUUUGGUUCGCCAUCAAUGAUCUGCCCAAGUCCAAGACACAGUCGGUGAUUGAUGCGGAGCUUCGCGUUUACCGAGACCAGCCGCGAUCCUGGCUCAACAGUAGCUACGAUCUCCAGUUGACGCUCUUUCAAGUGGUCCCCGUCAAGUCUGACGUUCGUCUGCAGUACGUCGACCGAAUCAGCAUUACCGGCGACAAGAGCGGCUGGCUGCGCUUCAAUGUGACCAGCGCCUUCAAAGACUGGACAGAGCGACCAAAACAAAACAUGGGACUGUACCUGCAGAUCAGAAAUCCAACCUUCUCAAAAGACCUCUCUCCAAAGAUGGUGGGCAUCAUCAACCACUACCGCGGCUUCAAGCAGUACCAGCCCUUUUUGACGGCGUACAUCAGCUCUCCAAAUGACGGCUUUACGCCACCUCUCUUCACCUCAUUCUCAUCCUCCUCCUCCUCGCCGCCACUGCCCACCGACAGUAACGUCAAUCUGACUGAAAUCUACUCCGAGUCAGGACAAUCCAGUCGAAGCAAGCGUGCCGCCGCUCAUGAUGCGAGCAGUCGAAAGAGCGCCAAACGAAGCUCCGACUUCAAGUACUACAAUCCCGAUACGGAGAACCCAUUUCUGCAAUCGCUGGACAAGUCUGCCGACAGUAAUGACCAGGGCUGCCGAAAAGCCCGACUGUACGUUGACUUUAAGGAUCUCAGCUGGAGUGAUUGGAUCAUUGCACCUGAAGGCUAUGCCGCCUACGUCUGUCGCGGACACUGCAAUUUUCCCAUUCCUUCGCAUCUCUCGCCGACGAAUCAUGCCAUUCUCCAGAAUCUGAUGCACCUAAUGGACGGGCACACCAUUCCAAAGCCGUGUUGUGCCCCCAAAGAGCUGUCGCCCAUUAUGGUGCUCUACUUUGAUGACGACAGCAAUGUGGUGAUGAAGAAGUACAAAAACAUGGUCGUCAAGAAGUGCAGCUGCUUUUAG